CUGCGUUCUUCUCCUUGCAAUACACCAACGGCUCCGCUUCCCCGCUUCUAUAAGAGCCCACACUCGCUCCUCACACCAACCUCAUUUAUCCGUUUCUGCUAUAUUUUUCUCUCACCUAGGGUUAGGGUUUUCUUCUAAAACUCUCUUGCUUUUUCUCUCUCUAAGGCAUCAAUGGCUCAGCAGGAAACCCAGAACGGAGACUCCAUCAAGGCUGAUGCUGAGAUAACUUUUACCGCCGUGAAGCUGCAGGUGUUGGUUGAGGCACCAAAGGCAAAUGACGCCGUGCAGUUCUACAAGGCAGCGUUUGGAGCCGUGGAAACUGGUCGUACCACUCAGCCCAAGCGCAAGGCUGAACAGGAGCUCCCUCACAUCAUCUCAGCUCAGCUUCAGCUCGCUGGUUCAACCAUUAUUGUAUCUGACCUCGCUGAUGACUCUGCACCGGUGAAGACUGGGGGAACCGGAAUCACUGUCUGCUUGGAGACCGAGGAUGUUGAAGCUGCUAUAUCCAAGGCCGUGGCCGCGGGAGCAGUCGCCGAGGGGGAGAUUCUCGAGGGCGAUGGAGCAUGCUGCGGUGCUGGGCGCGUGGGCAAGGUGAAGGAUCCUUACGGUUUAGUGUGGGUCAUUUCUUCUCCUGCCAAGAAGUCGAACACUGACGUGGAAGCUUAGAGGCCACUCGAUCCGAUCUCGAUCCUGACCUUCUAAUUAGUCGUAGUUGUUUCUUUCGUAGUCUGGCUUGUUUAGGUUUUGACUUGAAUGCAAUGCCGGGACCCUUCCUAGCAGGAAAAAAUUAUAUGCUUCUACCUCUUUAGGUGAUGGAUAGGGUGGAUGCUGGAGGUUGCUCUUGGCUAUUAAAUACUAAGAUCUAGUUCAGGAUGGAUAUUUUUCGUAAUUUUUGAAAAAUAUUAACUGACAGCUGGCAGUUAUCGACUUUAAAACUAGUGUUCAGCAGCUUUUGGAUUUCUA